AUGGAUUUUUCAUCAAAAACUUUAAAAAAAAAAUCUUCAAAACUAAGGAAAGAAAGAAUUUACAGCAAAGCCAUCCUAAUAGAUACAGGUAUCUUGAUCACUGCUCAACCCGAUAGCGACUCUUUAAAAUCUACAGAUUCAAGACGUUCGCAUUCUCAUACCCAUUCAAGAACUUCCUUAAGUGAUAACCAUGAAGAUUUAAUAAAUUCAUCAAAUUUAGAUGACGACGAUGAUAAUGAUGAUAUUUUCGAAACUGCUUCGCUAAUCAGCUGUGUCACUUGUUUAAGUGAUACUUUUUCUAAAACUUCAAAUACCACUACAACCACAACAACCACAGAUUUGCCUUAUACCUCAUUGAAAGGUAAAUUCCCAACUAAUACAGUGAUACCUUAUGGAAGAAUUUUACAUGCCAAGUUUAUCGACAGAAACAGAGAUUCAAAUAUGGUUGGGAAAAUACGAACGAAAUCAAGUAGCAGAAAAUUAAGAGGCUCUAUUGCUUCAAUAGAUUUGAAUCUAUCUGGUGUCGAAAGUAACGGCUCUUCUAACGAAAGCUUCGCAAGACGUUCAAGUAUUGAGUUGAAAGACUAUGCUGUCAAUAGAAGAUUGAGUAAUGUAUCAAUCGGCCAUUCAAUAUUUGAUGACGAUUACGAAUCAAGUACAAAUUUAAUAGAGAUAACUUUUGCUAAACCAAGAAGACAUGAUGUUGUCGCUAAAAAAUUAUUACUAGAUAUUGAUGAUUCUUUAUUAGUAGGUAAUGGUAUCGUGCAAGAAAUUUUAGAGAGAAGUUAUAGAGGUACCAAGAGGAAAAGGAAAAUUUUAGUCAUUAUCAACCCAUAUGGUGGUAAAGGAAAUGCCAAAAAAUUAUUCAUGACAAAGUGUUACCCACUUUUGAUCGCUAGUAGAUGUACAGUAGAUCUGGCAUAUACAAAAUUCAGCGGUCAUGCCAUAACUUUAGCAGAAGCAUUGGACAUUAACAAGUACGAUACAAUAGCAUGCGCCUCUGGGGAUGGUAUUCCUUAUGAAGUUAUCAAUGGUCUUUAUAGAAGGAAGGAUAGAGUAGAGGCAUUCAACAAACUUACCAUAACUCAAUUGCCAUGUGGCUCCGGUAACGCAAUGAGCGUAUCCUGCCAUUGGACUGAUAAUCCAUCAUAUGCCACUUUAUCAUUGGUUAAAUCCACAGAAACUAGAAUUGAUAUAAUGUGUUGUUCCCAACCUUCAUAUUACAAUGAACAUCCUAGAUUAUCUUUCUUAAGUCAAACAUACGGUGUUAUUGCAGAAUCUGAUAUAAACACAGAGUUCAUUAGAUGGUUAGGAGCUGCAAGAUUUGAAAUUGGUGUUGCAUUUAAUAUAUUGCAAAGAAAAAAAUAUCCAUGCGAUAUAUAUGUAAAAUAUGCUGCAAAGACCAAAAAUGACGUUAAGACACAUUAUAUGAAUUAUAAAAACAAUGGAUUACCUCCAUUCGAUAUCGAAACAGAUAAUAUAUAUUGUGCUGAUGAUAUCCCAGAGGUAGAAAUGAUAUCAGAAGAAAAUUUCAAGCUAAGGUAUCCUUUCAGUGAGGGUAUUCCAGAUGAUUGGGAAAAGUUAGAUUCUUCUGUCACUGAUAAUAUCGGUAUAUUUUAUACUGGUAAAAUGCCAUAUAUAGCGGCAGAUACCAAAUUUUUCCCUGCAGCAUUACCAUCUGAUGGUGUAAUGGAAAUGGUUAUUACAGAUGGUAGAACUGCUGUCUCUAGAAUGGUCCCAAUUUUACUAGCAUUAGAUAAAGGUACUCAUAUACAGCAGCCAGAAGUAUUGCAUUCAAAAAUAUUAGCAUAUAAAAUUGUUCCAAAAAUCAAGAAUACUGUUUUUGCAGUUGAUGGUGAAAAAUUCCCUCUAGAACCUCUACAGGUUGAAGUUUUACCAAGAUUGUGUAAAACUUUACUAAGAAAUGGACGUUUCGUAGAGACAGAAUUUGAUACCAUAUGA